AUGGGCGUCUCCGCGCUCCAGGAGCAGCAUGACGUCAUUAUCGACACUAUCAAGAACAUUACCCGAGGCGACUGGAAAGUCCUAGUUCUAGACGAAGGCUCCAAGAAGAUCUUGGACAAUGUCGUCAAGGAAGAUGACAUCCUCAACCACAACAUCGCUAACAUCGAGCGCAUCGAGCAGAAGCGAGACAUGAACCCCGAGAUGGACGCCAUCUACAUCCUGUCUCCGCAAGAAAACAUUGUCGAAAUCCUCGUCAACGACUUCGAGCGCCGCAGAUACAAGCAAGCCUACCUCGUGUGGACCGGUGUCUUGGACCCCAGAAUUCGUCGCAUGAUUGACGGCUGCCCGCCGGCCAAGCAACGCAUCGCGGGCUUCGAGACCUUGUCCAUUGACUUCUUCCCUCGCGAGUCGCACCUGGUGACAUUCAGAGACCCCUGGAGCUUCCCUAUCCUCUACCACCCCGCUUGCAACAACAUGGUUGCGCGUCACAUGAAAAUCUUGGCCCAAAAGAUUACCGGUGUGUGCGUCACGUUGGGCGAAUACCCCAAAAUACGCUACUACAGGCCGAGAAAUCCCCUUCACGAAGCUGCAGUGCUUAGCGCCCACCUCGCCCGAUUUGUACAGGAAGAACUGGACGAAUACGCGCAAUGGAACCCCAAUUUCCCACCACAGUCGACGAGGCCAGCGGGUACUCUCGUUAUCACAGACCGAUCAAUGGACAUUGUGGCACCACUGGUGCAUGAGUUCACAUAUCAAGCCAUGGCCCACGAUCUCCUCCCCAUACAAGACGGCGACAAAGUCACGUACCACAUGGUCACCAACAGCGGUACUCCGGAAGAAGAGGAGAAGGACAUGGAGCUUUCGGACAAAGACCGUGUCUGGGUCGACAACCGCCACCGGCACAUGAAGGAUACAAUUGAAAAACUCAUGUCCGACUUUCGAAAGUUCUUGUCCGACAACCCGCACUUCGUCAACGAGGAGCAAGAUACGACGAGUUUGAACGCCAUCAGGGACAUGCUGGCCGGACUGCCUCAAUUCCAGGAGAUGAAGGAGGCAUACUCGCUUCACUUGAAUAUGGCACAAGAGGCCAUGAACAUAUUUGAGAAGCAGAAGCUGCCGGACAUUGCUUCUGCUGAGCAAACGCUGGCAACGGGGCUGGACGAGGACUUUAAGAAGCCAAAGAAUAUCUUAGAUCAGGUUGUGAGGCUGUUGGAUGAUGAUGCGGUUUCGCCCGCGGACCGACUGCGCUUGAUCAUUCUCUAUGUGCUUUACCGAGAUGGCGUCAUCAUGGAAGACAUCAAUCGACUGUUGGCGCAUUCCGGCUUGCCGCAAAGAGACGGAGAGGUUGCAGUCAACCUUGAAAUGCUGGGCGGACGCCCCGUUCGCAGCGGCCUGAAAGACGUGCGGCCGGCUCAGCCGCCUCUGUUCACCAAGAACACCAAAUCCGCCGAAAUCAGCGAGGAAUACUCGCUUUCUCGCUUCGAGACGGCGCUGCAGACGAUGCUCGAAGAGCUCAGUCGGGGUACAUUGGACCAAACGGUUUUCCCUUACGUGAAGCCGCCGGCAGACCCUAACGAGGAUCUCUUGGCGUCCCAGCAAGGUUCACUGCGCGCAGGCAGGCCGAACUGGGCGGCGGCGGGCCGAAGACCGCCAGAAAACAGGCAGCGCUACAUCGUGUUCAUGGCUGGUGGCGCAACAUACAGCGAAAGCCGCGCAUGCUACGAAGUUUCAGCCCGUCAAGGCAAGGAUAUCUUUUUGGUGACCAGCCAUAUGCUCACACCGCAGCUCUACAUCCGCCAGGUAGGGGACCUGGGCAAGGACAAACGCACGCUCGACAUCCCCAUGGAGCGGCCGACACCCCGUGCUCCGGCCUGGGUCUACGAGAAACCCGCCCCUCCGCCCAACCCCAUAGCGCCACGGCCUGCUCCAGGAGCACCAGGACAACCGGCGGGGGGGGCUGCUCAAAGACUGCCGCCUUCGGGUGGUCUUCCGAGCCGGCCAGUGGCCCCGCCGACGGCCCAGAUGAACAGCAUGAGCCUCAACGCCGCUACGCCCGCAUCGAACGGGGGCAGCGCCUCGCCUGCGCCAUCAGAAAGCGGAAAGCCUCACAAGCUCGAAAAGGACAAGAAGAAGCGCAACUUCCUAGGUAUGAAGAAGAGCAGCAAGGAUAAGGACAAGCAUUGA